CGACAAGGCGUAUUAUGCUAUCAUACUCUGGCACAUGUUCCAAAUAAAAAUCAUAAUUUUAAACAUCGUGCAAUAAUCCACAGAAUACAAAUUGAAAGUGUCAGAGCAACGUGGAUAUUCCGUGAUAGUAUUUCCGAUAAAGAAAAAAUUGUAUGGAAUAUAAACUAUUUUUGUAGCUAUUAAAUUAUUUACAAUGCCGACAAUAUCAGUAAAACGUGACGCAUUGUUUGCUGCUCUCGGCAAAACAUACACUGAUGAUGAAUUCCAGGAUUUAUGUUUCGAGUUCGGCUUAGAACUGGACGAAGUAACAACUGAGAAACAAAUGCUGAUCAAAGAGCAAGGAGAUCAUGCUGGUGCCGGAGUUUCUGAGGAGAUCCUGUACAGGAUAGAUAUUCCUGCCAAUAGAUAUGACCUUCUCUGCUUAGAAGGCCUUGUUGAUGGAUUGUUGGUUUUUCAGGGCAAAAAGUCGCCACCUAAGUUCCAGCUGAAAAAGUAUGAAGACAGUCAUUCCUUACACCUGACUCCAGCAACUGCACAGAUAAGGCCAUUUGCUGUUGCAGCAGUUCUCAAGGGAGUCACCUUCACCAAGGAGUCAUAUGAUAGCUUCAUUGAUCUACAGGACAAACUACAUCAAAAUAUUUGCAGGAAGAGGACAUUAGUAGCCAUUGGCACACAUGACUUGGACACAAUACAUGGCCCAUUCAUCUAUGAUGCGCUGCCACCUAGUGAAAUCAAAUUCAAGGCACUGAACCAGCAGAAAGAGAUGACAGCCCCUGAACUUAUGGAACUGUACUCUAGCCACGCUCAACUAAAGCAAUACCUAGGGAUAAUAAGAGACAGUCCAGUAUAUCCUGUGAUUAAGGAUAAAAACGGCGUCGUGCUGUCUAUGCCGCCGAUCAUCAACGGUGACCACUCCAAAAUAACGCUAGACACAAAAAAUGUAUUCAUUGAAUGUACAGCUACAGACUUGACUAAGGCUAUUGUCGUCUUAGACACAGUAGUGAGUAUGUUUUCAAAAUACUGCUCCACUCCUUAUGAAGUAGAACAGUGCAAAGUGUUCAGCACCGACGGCACAUACGAACUGUACCCCAAAAUGCAGUACCGAGAGGAGAUUAUAAAUGUUGAAAAGGCGAAUAAAUACAUUGGAAUCAGUGAGGACGGCGACAAGCUGGCUACGUUACUGUCCCGAAUGUGUCUGACGGCCACGCACGAGGAGUCGCUGGUGCGCGUGCGCGUGCCCCCCACCCGCCACGACGUUAUACACGCCUGUGACAUAUACGAGGACAUAGCUAUCGCUUACGGUUAUAACCGUAUAGCGCGCGUGCCGUCGCGCGUGGUGUCGGCGGGCGGGCAGGUGCCGCUCAACAAACUCACGGAGCAGCUGCGUCAGGAGUGCGCACACGCAGGGUACACCGAAGCACUCACAUUCACGCUGUGCUCAAGAGAAGACGUUGCAACUAAAUUAGGAGUAAAAAUUGAAGAUGUACCAGCCGCGCAUAUUUCUAAUCCGAAAACCCUCGAGUUCCAAGUGGUGCGAACACUCCUUCUGCCUGGACUGCUAAAAACAUUAGCCGCCAACAAAAAAAUGCCACUGCCUUUGAAGUUGUUUGAAAUCAGUGAUGUAGUUGUAAAAGACGAUAAAGCUGAGUGCGGCGCGCGGAACGUGCGGCGCGCGUGCGGCGUGCACUGCGGGCGCGCGGCGGGCUUCCAGCUCGUGCACGGCCUGCUCGACCGCCUCAUGGCGCUGCUCGCCGUGCCCUGCCAUCCCGACAGCGGGUACUCGCUGCGACAAUGCGAAGAUCCUGCUUACUUCCCUGGCCGGUGCGCUGAAGUGCUACUUCGCCAACAAGUGAUCGGCAAGAUCGGAGUGAUCCAUCCAAAUGUGCUUACAGCCUUCGAACUGACAAACCCGUGCUCUGUUGUCGAAAUCGACAUAGAACAAUUUGUUUGAAACUAGAAACUAUGGAAAUAUAAUAUAUUUCAUUAAAUUAAUAAAUAAAUGAAAUGUUAUA